AUGAUUUCUGACAUUAGAGCCAACAAUAAUGAUCAGCAGUCGGAGAGACGAAGCUUUCGGAUCAGCACUUCUAGCGAUGAAUCCAUUGACAGACAUAUGUCUGGUUACGAGAAUCGAGGCAUGAAUAUCAGCGACGAGACCGACGGUCUGGUCAACAAUUACGGCACAAUCAACGGCUCGAACGCCACCAUCGGGUCGUCGGGCGGCGGAUCGGCGGCAACGCUGGGCGCCGACACCGGCGGCAACGGGCCGUCCGGUCGGCAUCACAUCGACAUCAGCCGCGAUGUCAUCGACUUCGACGAUCUAAACCGAAAGUACGGCAAACAAAUCCACCCGAAAGAGUCAUUCGGGCGGCAAUUGUGUCGAUCGGCCAAGAAUUACGGCAAAACGUGUUCACCAUUUAGUGUACUCUUGAGUCUCUUUCCUAUUGUUAAUUGGAUUAAAAGUUAUUCAAUCAAAGAGUAUCUGAUCAGUGAUGUGAUCGCCGGCUUCACUAUAUUGAUACUCCAUAUACCGCAGGGCAUGGCUUAUGGUAUGCUCGCCGGUCUGUCGGCCAUCAACGGCUUGUAUGUAUCCUUCUUCCCGGUCCUCAUCUAUUCAUUAAUGGGAACCUCAAGACAUCUAUCAAUUGAUGAGGACCGGGAAGAAGGAUACAUACAAGCCGUUGAUGGCCGACAGGCCGGCGAGCAUUGGCGAGCAUACCAUAAGCCAUGCCCUGCGUGUAGUCUUAGAGCACAUCCCACACGCACAUUUGCAAUCAUAAGCAUAAUGUCGUCCAACGCGGCCCACAAACUGAAUGCCAUACCAACUGAUCCGACACUACAUCACAGCAACAGUACGUCCGGAGCCGAAGACUACACGACACUAGAAGUGCUGACCAGCCUUUGUAUGCUUACCGGCAUUUUUCAAUUUUAUUGUCCAAAAGAGUUUGCCUUCAGAGCCAUUAUUUGA